CUUCUUGUAUCAAAUCAUGCUCGUCGCUAAGAACAGUAGCCGAGAGAGAGAUAGACAUGCUGAAGUCUUCACAACCCGUGAUCACAACCAUACAAGCUUCUCUGCUGCCUUAAAGCUAAUAAAAUACUCUUCGCCACAGAAAAUGCCAUGAGAAUCUUCACAUGCUCUCCUUCCCUGCUUGACCAUCUCAUUCCCAGUUCACAGAAAGAGAGCGUUUCUGAGAGAAUUUAUUUAUACCUGCCGAGUAAUUGCAUCUGGAAGCAUCUCCUCGCCGCGCUCUCUUCCCCAUGAAUCCAGGAAGCUUCGUCAUCCUCUUGUCGUUGUUCUUCACCAAGUCUCUGUGCCGUGAAUCCGAUCCGAGCGCCAUCUCGAAUGUCACUGUGAUCGGCACAGUCUUCUGCGAUGCCUGCGCCAGCAACAAUUUCUCCGAGCACAGUUACUUCUUAGAAGGUGUUAGAGUGAGAGUGCGAUGCAGGCUGAGGGUGAACUCGACGAGCGCAGGGGAGAUGAGCUUCACCGGAGAGAGGAUUACAGACAAAUUUGGCGUGUACAGGCUCGAAAUCCCGGCGGUGGAUGGGUUUGAGUGCAGAGAAGGCCGGGAUUUGGAGUCCUCCUGCCGAGCGAGCCUGCUCGAGAGCCCGUCGCUCGUUUGCAAUGUCCCUGGUUUGAGCAGCUCCGGCGAGCACUUUGCUGUCAGAUCCGGCGCGGGGAAUGCGUGCCUUUACAAUCUGAACGCCCUGACUUACCGGCCGCCGAAGAAAGAUGCGAGCUUGUGCGGAGAUGACGAUGGCGGCGAGCGACGGCAGGGGAGCUCCGGGAACACCUCUUUGUUCUUUUGGCCCCCUUACGGGUUCCCGUGGCCGUUCGCCCCGCCUUGGCCCUUCCCCUUCCCGAGCCCGCCGUCGCUUCCGUGGCCGUUCACGCCGCCGCCGUCAUUCCCGUGGCCCUUCGCGCCGCCAUCGCCUUCGUUGCCGUGGCCGUUCGCGCCGCCUCCGCCGACCUUUCCUUUCCCCUUCCCGCCGGUGCCUCCGUUCUUCCCAACGCCGCCUCCGCCGGCUUUCCCGUUCCCUCCUUUCACCCCGUUUCCUCCGUUCUUUGCUCCGCCUUCGCCGCCGCCGCCCGCCCCUUUGUUCCCUUUUCCUCCAUUUGCUCCCAUCCCGCCGUUGUUUCCGCCACCCUCGCCUCCACCGCCAUCGCCUCCGGCGUUUCCCUUUCCGUUCCCUCCUCUUACUCCACCGGCUGUCGCGCCACCACCUGUACCGCCUCCCCCAUUCUUCCCUUUCCCACCUUUUCCACCCUUUCCUCCCUCCCCACCUACAGUACUGCCUCCACCUCCGCCGCCACCUCCAUCAUUACCUUUUCCGUUUCCACCAUUCCCUCCAUUUAUUCCCACCCCACCGAGAGUUAUGCCACCGCCUCCACCUCCGCCAUCUCCUCCACCUCCAACUUUUCCUUUCCCAUUCCCGCCCUUCCCAUUUCCUCCGCCAUCGCCAUCGCCACCUCCACCAACUUGAGAAACGGAAAUCUGCUCCCCCUCCGCAUCAGCGAUCAAGUUAAAUAGCAAGACUGCAAGAUCGAUUUGAUCUUGCCCACUUAAUAAAUGCUACUAUGCACUAAAUGCAUUAUUAUUAUUCAUAUAGUAAAUAUUAGCCAAGAAUUUUUAAUUUUUUCUAUCAAUUUUCUAGUUUUAUUAUGCUCCAUUGAUGUUUGGUUUGA